AUGACCACAGCAACAACGGCCAAAAAGGUGCAACAAGUUGCCUUUGUGUGUCUUCUGCUGAUUGGGGCAGCCAGUGUGACGGCCAAGCCGAAGCCUGGAGGCGGCGGCUGGUCAUCCGGAGGUGGCGGAGGAUAUGGUGGUGGUGGCGGUGGCGGUCACGGCGGUGGUGGCGGCGGUGGUGAUGUCCAGGUCAUCAAAGUCAUCACAGAAAGCGGCGGCGGUGGCGGUGGCGGCGGCGGCGGCUGGUCUUCUGGAGGAGGUGGUGGCGGCGGUGGCUGGUCUUCUGGCGGCGGAGGCGGCGGCGGUUGGUCUUCUGGAGGAGGCGGUGGUGGUGGCGGCGGAGGCGACAUAAAGCUCAUUAAGAUCAUAAGCCUGGGCAGCGCUGGCGGCGGUGGUGGCGGACAUGGAGGCGGCGGCGGCGGUGGUUGGUCGUCUGGUGGUGGUGGAGGCGGCGGCGGCUGGUCUUCAGGUGGUGGUGGCGGCGGCGGUGGCGCCACCAAAGUCAUCAAAAUCAUUAAACUGAACGGCGGCGGCGGCGGUGGUGGCCAUGGUGGUGGCGGCGGCGGCUGGUCCUCUGGUGGCGGCGGCGGUGGCGGUUGGCAGCCAGCUGGCGGCUGGGCCUAA